CGGAUCGCUGUCCCGCAGUCGCCCGUUUCUGCGCACACAUAAACGAAGCUUCUCUGUUUGGAAAGUCGAGCAAAUUAUUAAUAAACAAGCAAAAACCCAUAAAAUCAACGAAAUGUCCAGGGCCAUUUCCCUCUUCCCAGGUUUAUCUUUCACGCCCUUCAGCAGAAGAUUGGUUGUGAAAAUGUCAGCAACAGCUACCAGAAAUGUGGGAAUUCCAGCUGGGUCCCUUGUGGUGAAGCCUCCGGCGCACCCCACUUAUGACCUCAAGAGUGUUAUUCAGUUGGCACUCUCCGAGGACGCCGGAGAUCGAGGGGAUGUGACAUGUCAAGCAACAAUUCCUGUUGAAAUGGAAGUGGAAGCUCAUUUUCUGGCGAAGGAGGAUGGAAUUGUGGCCGGCAUUGCACUGGCAGAAAUGGUGUUUAAUGAGGUUGAUCCUACACUUAAGGUGGAAUGGUACAGAAACGAUGGUGAUAGUGUGCACAAAGGCUUACAAUUUGGAAAAGUACAUGGAAGGGCACACAGCAUUGUUGUGGCUGAAAGGGUUGUUCUUAACUUUAUGCAGAGAAUGAGUGGAAUAGCAACUCUAACUAAGGCCAUGGCAGAUGCUGCACGUCCUGCCUACAUUUUAGAGACUAGGAAAACUGCUCCAGGUUUACGCUUGGUGGAUAAAUGGGCGGUGCUGAUAGGUGGGGGUCAGAAUCAUAGAAUGGGUUUAUUUGAUAUGGUCAUGAUAAAAGACAAUCAUAUCUCUAUCGCUGGAGGUACUGCAAACGCCCUGAAAGCUGUGGACGACUAUUUAGAGCAAAAUAAUCUUCAAAUGGGUGUCGAGGUUGAAACCAGGACUCUAGAGGAAGUAAAUCAAGUACUACACUAUGCAUCCACAACAAAGACGGCUUUGACCAGGAUAAUGCUGGACAAUAUGGUUGUCCCCUUGUCCAAUGGGGAUGUGGAUAUAUCCAUGCUUAAAGAGGCGGUGGAAUUAAUUGAUGGGAGGUUUGAGACUGAGGCAUCUGGAAAUGUCACCCUUGACACUGUAAACAAGAUUGGACAAUCUGGAGUGACCUACAUUUCUAGUGGCGCACUGACCCAUUCUGUUAAAGCACUUGAUAUUUCCUUGAAAAUCGACACCGAGCUUGCACUGGAAGUUGGAAAGCGCACAAAACGAGCAUGAUGUUCCAUCAUGUCAACAUGAGUUUCUUUAGGUUCUGUUCACACAAAGUAGAUGAACGCUAUCCACCCUUUGUUGGUGACCACCCAAGUAGUCGAACAUGCUAAUAAUUUAUAAGAUUAUGAGCUUUGAUCCGAAAGAGAAUUUUCUGACAAAUAAGUCAGAGAGCUUAUAUUGCAUAUUCAGGCUAUGCAAGUAUGCUAUUGAUACCUCCAUAUGUGUGAAAUUUGCGCUAUUCAUAACUUUGGAAAUGGUAUGCUGGGAUAAGUGCUCUUCUGCAGUCAUUAUGGGGAGCUCUUGACUAGAUCGAGUCCUGGGGGAUGAUCAACCAACCUCCGUAUAUGGGAUUCUGAGUGCUGCAAUGAUCAAUGUCCUCUCCUCAAUAUAGGGAAUCUAAGUUGGAUGCUGUAUAGACAGCUCCGUCAGGCUUUUGCCCAUUGCGGAAAGGCGGCCACGGGUCACAACGCACUCUUCGCACAACAAAUCCACUUUGAAGUUGACUUAUUCGGCCAACCGUGGGAAUGUGUACGAGAUACCAUAAGGGCCUAAUAUCUCAAUAGCACCUCAGGGUGUGAUUGUUCCUGAACUCAUUAAGUUAAUCCGGUGCUGGUUAUGGAUCUGACAAAUGUUCAACACGAAGGGUCAUAAUGAUGUCGAUGUAUUGUAUUGAAUGACUUAUCUGCAAUGUUGAAUGUCCAAUGAAUCAAUUAAGUUACACUGCAAUGAAGCCGCAAGUGCUAAAUA